CUACCCCCAUUUCUCUCUCUUUCCUUCCUCUAUAAUUUAAUUCUGGGUUUUCUCUCUCGCUCUAAUUUUUUUUUUUUUUUUUUAAAUCUGAUUAUUGACUUUUCAGUUUGCUCUGAACGAAAUGGGAAGUUGUUUAAGCAAGAAAAGCACUUCUUCUCCAUCUUCUUCUCCUGGUCCAAUUUUAAAGCCACAAGAACAGAUUCAGUCCAAUACUCAAUUGGAGAAAAAGAAGGCAGAAGAAGAAAUUGUGAAGAAACAGAUUUUUGUUACGAAACACCAGAAGAGCCACGAAGUCGGAAGGCAUUCUGAAGAGGAGAAAAUUGAAGCACGGAAGUCCACAGAAGUAGUCGAAAUGGGGAAAAAUUCGAGCCCGAUUAAUGAAAUAAAUGGUGAAUUAGGGAAUGGGGAAGGUGUCAUAAUGGCAACUCCGGUGAGGACCUCGAGUUGUACUAAAGAAGAGGUGGAUGCUAUUUUGAUACAAUGUGGAAGGCUUAGCCGGAAUUCUUCAACCGGGAAGGUCGGGCUUUCCGGUUCCGGUUCUUCAGAAGAUUCUGGUAAUCUUCAAAGGGGAAGAAAGUACUCUGGUUCAAAAAGGAGUUUUGAUUUUGAUAACGAAAAUGGUGCUGAUGGAGACAAUGUUGCUGAUGGUGACAAUGGUGCUGUGAUAAGGGAUAAAGAGCACCGCCAUAGACAAAGCCAGCGCCAGUCCAGGACUGGUGGAUCCGCCUCUCAGGGGCGGAGGAGGACUCCCAGUCGAGAAAGAGACCAGGCGGCACAGCAGCGUUCCGGUAGCAGAGAAAGAGGUGAGAGUGGAGGUGGAAGGAGGGUAAGCAGAUCUCCCGGUAGAAGAUCUGAAUCUCCAAUUACUACCUCUACUGGUGCUAAUUCGUCGGCAGCAAAUUCUAAUAAUGGCAGUUGUAGGCCUGGAAAGAUGGUUUCUGUGCCUGCCACAGUGUCAUCUUUGGCAAUGGAUAAGAGUACUAAUGCAGGUCCUAGCCAUGGCGGCAGCAGCGGUAGCUUAGAGCAGAUACCAGGAUCUCUAUACCAAUGCUCCAUUUACCCUCUAAUUCUUAUUAGCUGGCGCCAGCUGAGGAGCUAUCACGUCAUUGCGUGCGUUCGGAAUCUCAUUUCUUUCCAAAUCAGUCACUUACAACCUCUCUUCAAAAAACCAACACCCCAUUAA